GGCUCGGCCAUGAAACCGAAGCAAGUGGAAGUCUCCAUCCCGCUGCAGCCCCCCGCGCCCGGGACGGCCGCUGCCGCCGGCCCCGACGGCCAGCCCCGGGACUACGUGCUGUGGGCGCUGCUCAACGUGCUGCUGGGCUCCGCGCUCGCCUACCUCGGCUGCUGCUGCUUCCCUGCGCUCGUCUACUCCAUCAAGGCCCGUGACUGCAAGGUGCUGGGGGACCUGGAGGGUGCCCGGCGGCAUGGUGCCCGUGCCAAGGCGCUGAACAUCGUCGGCUCCGUUCUCCUGGUUCUCAGCGUGGUGAUCAUCGCUGCCAUCCUCUUCUCUGCCUUCACACUCAGAACUCCCUGAACCGCACACGGCACAGCCACCGACCUGCUUGCUGCCCCCCGGGAUGCUCCUCCUCCCCCCUUGCCCUCUUCCUCCCAGCAUGUCCCCACUUUGGGUGCCUGGCACGGGGGGAGAGGGAGCGAAGCCCUGUGCCCCUCGCUGCCCACAGCCCUGGGUGUCCUGGCCCAGCCACCGCCUGGCAGGGGGUGGCUGCUCCACGCUGGGGUGCGGCAGACAGCGCU